CGCUCUCUCUCUCUCUCUCUCUGUCUCUCUCUCUGUCUCUGCAUUUUACGCUUCUCUCUGUCUCUUCAAUGUCCAUUUUCUAGGGUUUUCGCUUUCUACGCAAGGCAAAACUCCACGUAUCUGUCAUUCUAUCCAUACAGGCUUCGAGCUAUUACCCCUCCGUUGAGGAAGAAGUUUCGAGGGCUUCAAUUCGAGCAAUAAACAGUUCUCAGAUGAAAUCUGGCCGCCUGAUGUGAUGACUCUUCUCACCAUCCAAUGGCGGCGAAAUCGAGUUCGAGUUCGGGGCCUCUUGCUGCUGUUGUUCUCCUUCUUCUCCAUUUCGUCGUUUUGGUUUUGCUAGUGAUACUCAUCCCAAACCCUAGCUCGUCAUUGGCCCUUGCGAAUGCUUCGCUCGAUGAUUUCUCUAUUCUCGGUGUCGACUCGGACCUCCUCUUCCACCAGGAUUACUCUCCGCCGGCGCCGCCUCCGCCGCCGCCUCACCCGCCGUCGGUCUCAUGCGAGGACGAUCUCGGGGGGAUUGGGACCGUCGACACUAUGUGCAAAAUAGUAUCUGAUUUGAACCUAACACGAGAUGUGUAUAUACAAGGGAAGGGCAAUUUUUACAUCCUUCCGCAUAGGACUGUGAAUUGUUUGAUUUCUGGGUGUGAGAUUACUAUAAAUGUUACCGGUAAUUUUAGUUUGGGCGAGAAUUCGACGAUUGUGGCUGGGACUCUGGUGCUCGCGGCUAGAAAUGCGACGUUCGGCAAUGGUUCUUUGGUGAAUACCACGGGGUUGGCUGGUUCUGCGCCGCCCCAGACUAGCGGGACGCCACAGGGGGUCGAAGGGGCCGGUGGGGGGCAUGGGGGAAGAGGGGCUUGUUGCUUAACUGAUCCCGAGAAGCUGCCAGAAGAUGUUUGGGGCGGGGAUGCGUAUUCCUGGUCAUCGCUGCAGGAUCCGUGGAGUUACGGCAGCAAGGGCGGGACAACGAGUAAGGAGAUAGAUUAUGGCGGGGGUGGAGGCGGAAGGAUUAAGUUGAUGAUAGGGAUGCUUCUUGAAGUAAAUGGUAGUUUGUUGGCUGAUGGGGGUGAUGGGGGUCUCAGAGGUGGAGGUGGGUCUGGGGGCAGUAUCUUCAUCCAGGCUCGUAAGAUGAUUGGAAUUGGUAGAAUAAGUGCUUGUGGGGGCAAUGGCUACGGUGGUGGGGGUGGCGGAAGAGUCUCUGUUGAUGUUUUCAGCAGGCAUGAUGACCCUAAAAUUUUUGUUCAUGGAGGGAGUAGUUCUGGUUGCUCCCAAAACUCUGGUGCUGCUGGGACUUUCUAUGAUGCUGUCUCCCGGAGCCUUACUGUUAGCAACCACAACAUGUCGACAGAUACAGACACACUUCUUAUGGAAUUUCCUAAUCAGCCGCUUAUGACAAAUGUUUAUAUUCGAAAUCGUGCGAAGGCUGCCGUUCCCCUGCUUUGGAGUCGUGUCCAGGUCCAAGGCCAAAUUAGUCUGCUGUGUGGUGGAGUGUUGAGCUUUGGGCUAGCACAUUAUGCUUUAUCAGAAUUUGAGUUAUUGGCAGAGGAGCUGUUAAUGAGCGAAUCUAUAAUCAAAGUUUAUGGUGCUCUAAGGAUGUUUGUAAAAAUGUUCUUGAUGUGGAACUCAACAAUGCUGAUAGAUGGUGGUGGAGAUGCAACGGUGGAGACAUCUUUGCUCGAAGCUAGUAAUUUAGUUGUUCUCAGGGAAUCAUCUGUCAUAAGUUCUAAUGCAAACUUGGGAGUUCAUGGGCAAGGAUUACUGAACUUAUCAGGAGCAGGAGAUUGUAUUGAGGCACAACGUCUGGUUUUAUCCCUUUUCUAUAGUAUCCAUGUUGGUCCUGGAUCCAUUCUGCGAGGUCCUUUACAAAAUGCCACAACUGAUGCAGUGACGCCGAAACUUAACUGUGAACAUGAAAGUUGUCCCUCCGAACUGUUACAUCCACCUGAAGACUGCAAUGUCAAUUCUUCCUUGUCCUUUACGCUUCAGAUAUGCCGUGUUGAGGAUAUCCUUGUUGAAGGCCUGAUAGAAGGAUCCGUUGUCCAUUUCCAUAGGGCAAGAACUAUUGCUAUCCAGUCUCUUGGAAUGAUUAAUGCAUCAGGGUUGGGUUGCACUGGUGGUGUGGGUAAAGGAAAAGUUUUAAGCAAUGGUAUUGGUGGUGGGGGUGGCCAUGGUGGUAAAGGUGGGGAUGGAUAUUAUAAUGGCAGCCGUGCUGAGGGUGGUAUUGCAUAUGGAGAUUCUUACUUGCCUUGUGAACUUGGUAGUGGAAGUGGAAAUGAAAGUUUAGCUCCAACAACGGCUGGCGGUGGCAUAAUAGUAAUGGGUUCAAUGGAACAUCCCUUGUCAAGCUUGUCUGUUGAAGGUUCUGUUUUAUCUGAUGGAGAAAGUUAUGGAGAAAAUAAUUGGAACAAUGAUAGCAGUAGCAUUACUGGUCCUGGAGGUGGAUCUGGUGGAACUAUUCUUGUGUUUUUACAUUCACUAGAUGUCAGUGAAUCUGGCACUCUUUCCAGUUCUGGGGGCCGUGGUAGUCAAAAUGGUGGUGGUGGUGGAGGCGGUGGACGGAUUCACUUCCAUUGGUCGAAUAUCCCUACUGGGGAUAUAUAUCAGCCAAUAGCUAGUGUGAAAGGAAUCAUCCAUACCAGUGGAGGGCAAGGUAGAGACCAGGGUGGUGCAGGGGGCAAUGGAACAGUGUCUGGAAAGGCUUGCCCAAAGGGGCUUUAUGGGACGUUCUGUGAGGAGUGUCCGGCUGGCACCUACAAGAAUGUUACAGGAUCAGACAGAGCCUUGUGUUGUCAAUGCCCAGCUAAUGAGCUUCCCCAUCGUGCUGUUUACAUUACUGUCCGAGGUGGUAUUGCUGAAACACCUUGUCCUUACAAAUGCAUUUCAGACAGAUAUCACAUGCCACACUGCUAUACAGCUCUCGAAGAGUUGAUAUACACAUUUGGUGGGCCUUGGUUAUUUGGCUUUCUGCUUCUGGGCCUUCUCAUCCUUUUAGCUCUAGUCCUCAGCGUUGCACGGAUGAAAUUUGUUAGUGUUGAUGAAAUGCCAGGCCCAGCUCCCACUCAACAUGGUUCUCACAUAGACCACUCCUUCCCUUUCCUGGAGUCAUUGAAUGAGGUCUUGGAAACUAACAGAAAUGAGGAGUCACAGAAUCAUGUGCAUAGAAUGUAUUUCAUGGGACCAAAUACAUUUAGUGAACCUUGGCAUCUUCCUCAUACUCCUCCAGAACCAGUCAAGGAGAUAGUAUAUGAAGGUGAAUUCAAUAGGUUUGUGGAUGAUAUUAAUGGGAUUGCCGCUUAUCAGUGGUGGGAGGGAUCAUUAUACAGCAUUCUUUGUAUUAUUGCAUAUCCUCUUGCGUGGUCAUGGCUACAAUGGCGUCGGAGGAUCAAAUUACAAAGACUACGUGAAUUUGUGAGAUCAGAAUAUGAUCAUGGUUGCUUGCGUUCUUGUCGCUCUCGUGCCCUUUAUGAAGGGCUUAAGGUGGCGGCAACGUCUGAUCUAAUGCUAGCAUAUGUAGACUUUUUCCUUGGUGGGGAUGAAAAGAGGAGUGAUCUUCCUCCUCACCUUCAUCAAAGGUUUCCCAUGUCCUUGCUUUUUGGAGGUGAUGGAAGUUACAUGGCUCCUUUCUCACUGCACAGUGAUAAUAUUAUUACAAGUCUCACGAGUCAGUCUGUUCCACCUACUACUUGGUAUCGUUUUGUGGCUGGUUUAAAUGCGCAACUGCGUUUAGUUCGUCGGGGACGUCUUAAAGUGCAUUUUCGACCUGUCCUUAGAUGGCUUGAAACUCAUGCCAAUCCUGCUUUGAAGAUCCAUGGUGUGCGUGUUGAUAUUGCCUGGUUUCAGUCUACAACUUCUGGUUAUUGUCAAUACGGACUUCUGGUAUAUGCUGUCGAAGAACAAAUUGAGCAUGCAACCUUUGAUAGGAGCAUUGGAGCAGCAAGAGUGGAGAGACAGUCUCGGACUUAUAAAGGAAAUACAGUGGAUCGUCAGAGAGAGGAGUUUGUCUUAAACCAAAGCCUGCUAAGCAAUGAAAAUCUUUUGCGGAGGAAGAAGACUUAUGGUGGGAUUAUAGAUGCUAACAGCUUAAAGAUGCUUGAGGAGAAGAGGAAUAUAUUCUACCCCCUUUCUUUUAUAAUUCAUAACACUAAACCUGUUGGACACCAGGACCUUGUUGGUUUGGUCAUCUCAAUGCUUCUUUUAGGAGACUUCAGUUUAGUUUUGCUUACUUUGCUCCAGUUGUAUUCAAUUUCAUUGGUGGAUGUCUUCCUAGUUUUGUUUAUUUUGCCGCUUGGGAUUUUACUUCCGUUCCCUGCUGGCAUUAAUGCUCUUUUCAGUCACGGGCCUAGGCGUUCCGCUGGUCUUGCGCGUGUUUAUGCAUUGUGGAACAUCACAUCGUUGGUUAAUGUUGUCGUUGCAUUUAUUUGCGGUUAUGUUCACUAUAGCAGCCAGUCAAGGAAGAAAGCUCCAAUUCAGCCAUGGAAUUUUAGCAUGGAUGAAAGUGAAUGGUGGAUAUUUCCGGUGGGACUGGUAUUGUGUAAAUGCAUCCAAUCUCGGCUCGUUAAUUGGCAUGUUGCAAACUUGGAGAUUCAAGAUCGCUCAUUGUACAGUACCAACUUUGAUCUUUUUUGGCAGUCAUGAUUUUUUGCCAAAGCAUAACAACUUGCAGAAUGCUACAAUACAAGCUGUAUUUUUUCAAAUUAUGUUUGUCAUUUUGUAAGCUGGUAGAGGAGAGUAGAUGAAUGAUUGGCAUAGCUGAGAGAGAGAGAGAGAGAGAGAGAGAUGACAGAAAAGAAAUAGAUAGUAGUAGAUGGAAAAGAGGUUCGGUUGGUUGGUUCUCUAUUCAUUGGUGUAAGCAACCAUCUUUUGAAUAUGCAUCCAAAGCUUUUGGACUCCAAUGUAAAUAUAUAUACAAACAGUGUUUAACUAUUCCAUAACCCUUUUAUUGACUUCA